CCCUUUUAUUAGCAUAUGUUUUAUCAUAGCCACAUGGUAUUGACCAAUCAAACAAAACUAUUAUUAUUUGUUUCCUGUAAACAACUAGAUAUGCAAUCUUCAACUUUUGAAUUGCUUUUUCUCCUUUAGUCUUCAUGAUGAUCCCUAGCUGACUCAUCCUCCAAAAGCUCAACCCUCACCUUGUUUCCUUUUAAUCAUAUAUAUACUCAUUUACAAUACAAUCAUUCUUCAACCAAAAUCCUAGAUCUCUUCAAUAUUUUUUACAAUCUAGAAACAAAAUCCUCAAAGGCAAGAACACUGAAAUGAAUACCUCAUUUCUUCAUGACCUACUUAAUGGAAUCUCUAUCAGCUCAACUUAUCCGGUUGGGAAGUCCUCAAAGAGAUACUUGCCUGAUUCUUCUGGAAAAUACUGCAAGUCUAUCACAAAGUCUAUCAACAACAUCAGGUCCUAUAGCUGGCCUCCUCUUCAUAUCCACUCACAAAGUUGCUUUUUGCAGUGAGAAAUCCAUCAAGAUUACUUCUCCAAAAGGAGAAUUUAUUAGAGUUCACUAUAAGGUUUCUAUUCCACAUGAAAAGAUAGAACAUGUCAACCAAAGUCAAAAUGCGAAGAAGCCUUCGGAAAAGUAUGUAGAAAUAGUUACCGUGGAUGGUUUUGACUUCUGGUUUAUGGGUUUUUUUAAUUACCGGAAAGCUUUAAGAUAUCUCCAACAGGCUAUCUAUCGAUCUCAAAUAGAAAAGUAGAAAUAGUCAAAUUGUUUAUCCCUACUGCUUCAUCAAUUAUUUUUUGAAGUUGCAGAGGUUCUAAAUAUGUACAAAUAUGUUACAUUGUAUUGUUAAUAUAAAAAGCUAGUUGUUGUUCUUUCAAGAAAACAGCCUGUGAUCUUCACUUUUCAUAAUGAAUUU